AUGAAACCGUCCAUAUCCGCCUUUGGUGGUGACCAGUUCAAGUUGCCCGAACAAGUAAAACAAUUGGCGACAUUCUUCUCGCUCUACUACUUUGCAGUCAAUGCUGGUGCAUUAAUUUCGAUCACAGCAACACCAAUUCUGCGCGAAGAUGUUUAUUGUUUCGGCGAACAGGAAUGCCCCUCAUUAGCUUUUGGCGCACCGGCUAUCCUCAUGGCGGUCUCGUUAUUUAUCUUCAUCCUGGGCCGCCCAUUCUAUAAAAGUAAACCACCAGCGGGUAAUGUGGUGAUGUUGGUCGGCAAAACUGUUGGUAACGCUAUUGCUACAAAAUGGAAGGAGAAGAAGACCAAUCCUCGUGAACACUGGUUAGACUAUGCGGAUAAGAAGUAUGACCGUCAAUUAAUUGGAGAUGUGAAAGUGCUGAUGCGUAUUUUGGUACUCUAUCUGCCGCUGCCUGUCUUCUGGGCGCUUUUCGACCAGCAGAGCUCACGGUGGACUAUCCAGGCAACUCGGAUGGAUGGUGACAUGGGCUCAUGGGAUAUCAAACCCGAUCAAAUGCAAAUGUUAAAUCCCCUCCUGAUUUUGGCAUUCAUUCCGCUCUAUGAACUUGCAUUCUAUCCUUUACUUGGUCUGAUCGAAUUGAUAUGGCCACAUUAUGCGAUUGAUGAGCAGAUACGAUAG